CCUAUAUGCACAUAGCUGCCUCAAUUACCUCCGUACCCCUGCACAUCAACUCGAUACUGGUACUCCCUCUAUAUAGACAUGCCACUUUUUACUUGUUAUUGUUAUUUGUUCACGUUCAUGUAUUUAUUACCUCUGUUACAUUUCUAUUUAUUUUUUAUUUUUUUGUCUUUAACUCUGGAUUUUUGGAAAAUAAUUUGCAAGUAACUAUUUCACUGGUAGUCUACACCUGUUGUUCACAAAGCAUGUGGCAAAUAAAAUUACAUUUUGAUUUGAGAUAAGACUUCAGGUAUAGUGGGCGUUUUUCUUUACAACCACUGAUAAUUCAUUGCAUUUUGUCAAAGUCACAGAUGUUUUGUCUUAUUUUACUGGCAGCACAAUUCAGUCCCAUAAAUGUGAUGUUAAUGUGGCUAAAAUAUUAUUGACUCUUUCACUUAAUCAUGAAUUGAUGGUCUUUGUUAAAAAAUGCAUUCAUGUAUGUUUUGCUUUUGCAGCCAUUGUCUAAGGUAUUAUGAUGGGAAAAAUCUCUAUCUUUCUGUCAUUCUCACAUGUGGGGACAUUAUAAUGUUGGUGUCUAUGCGCUGCAUAUAGAUACUGAUUGUGUGUGCGCAUGCGUGUGCGUGUGUGUGUGUGUGUGUGUGUAUGUGUGUGUGCGCGCGCUAGGAGGGAGGCUCAGGCAGAUAUGUGUUAGCUAAUGCUGUCUGAGAGCAGCUGGGCAGGGCUAAUAAACGAACAAUAACACAAUGACAUCACCCAGAGAGAGAGAGAGUGGGGGUGCGUGCAAGCGAGCCAGAGCAAGGGAGAAGCUCAGAUGCAGAGAGGCAGGAGAGAAAGAGAGAGAGAGAGAGCGUGUGUGAGUGGGAGAGCACUGGACAGUACUCACUCAACAUUGACAGGGGAUACAGCUCUUUCCAGAAGAUUUCGCAGAUUUUUUUCCCCCCCUCUCUUCCAUUGCACCUCUCCCCUCCCCCUUUCCCCUUCCCCUCAUCCUCUGUCAACCCCUCUCAGCCUUUGCUUCAGGCUGCUCCUCCGGGCAUGCUACUUAAGCCAAAGUAUGGCCGCUUUCGCAACGCCUCUGUGACCUCCUCCGACGACCUGAUGCAGAGCUUAGCCAUGAGCGGCAAAGUGGUGGCCACCCCUGUGGUCCUCUCCUCCGCCCCCAGCCUGCCGCUGCCCCCCCUGCCUCCUCUGGAGUCCAUCCCCGGGUCCUCCUCCGCAGCCCCGGCCCUAGCCGACUCCCCCUGCCUGGACGGGGAGCAGGACGCCACCACCACUUUCUGCAUGCUCAUCCCCAGGAUGCCUCAGUGGAAGUUCUCCAACACUCUGCUGAGCAGGAGCCCCUCCAACUCCAGCUCCAGCUCCAGCUCAAGCAAGGACUCCGGCAAGACUGCAGCCCCCUCAUCGCAGGGCUCGCAUGGCCCCAGUGGCCCUUUGGCCCCCAGUGGUCCCGUGGCAAGUCUGGCUGCUGUUUUGAACUCCUGUGACCCUGUGUGUGUCACCCCCUGUUCCCUACAGGCCAUCAGCAGGCAGAGAUCUGCAAUGCGCUCAGCCAGUCCAGGGGGCCAUGGAGCAGGGGCUGCAGAGGGCACAGGGAGCCUUGGGGGCCACAACGGCUUCAGGACAGGGAUGAACCGCAGGACCAGGGUGGAGGGCAUGUGGCUGGGAGGGGAGGACUUCAACCAGAAGGGCAGCUUCAUCCACAAGCCCUCCCAGGGAUGGCUGCACCCAGACAAGAAUAUCACAGGCCCUGGGGCCUCCUACAUUGUCAGGUACAUGGGCUGCAUUGAGGUGUUGAAGUCGAUGCGAUCGCUGGACUUCAACACUCGGACCCAGGUGACGAGGGAGGCCAUCAACAGACUGUGUGAAGCUGUGCCUGGGAGUAAGGGGGCCUGGAGGAAGAAGAACAUUAACAAGGCCCUGCAGACCAUCAUGGGGAAGAGUAACCUGCGCUUCGCUGGUAUGGGCAUCGCUGUCAACAUCUCUAUAGAGGGCCUCAACCUGCUCAUCCCCACGACACGACAGGUGAUAGCACACCAUCCCAUGGAGUCCAUCUCCUUUGCCUCUGGGGGAGACACGGACACGCCCGAUUAUGUUGCUUAUGUGGCCAAAGAUCCAAUCAAUCAGAGAGCAUGCCAUAUCCUGGAGUGUGGUGACGGUCUAGCCCAGAAUGUCAUCAGUACCAUCGGCCAGGCCUUUGAACUGCAGUUUAAACAGUACCUCCACAGCCCUCCCAAAGCCAUCCCCACCAUGGAGAGGAACAUCAGGACAGAGGACUCGGCGUGGGGUGAUGACGAGGACUCCUCGGAGCAUGACUACUACAACAGCAUCCCAGGGAAGGAGCCUCCUGUUGGAGGAGUGGUGGACUCGAGGCUGAGGCCUUGUACGGCCUUGCUGGGCCACAUCCACAGCCAACCACAGAGCAAGGCAGCACAGAUCGGUUCUCCGGCCAGGAGAGACACGGUGUCCUACCCCUCAGGUCAGCUGUGCUACGAGCUUCACUGGGACACUGAGAACAACGGCAGCUCAGGUCUGACAUCAGAUGGGUACCUGCGGGCAGACGGCCAUCCCCCGGGAAGUAGGGACUAUGAAGAGCACCUGUAUGUGAACACCCAGAGUCUGGAGGGCCUGGAGCAGGGAGCAGAGGGCCAUAGGGGGGCCAGGGGGCCAGACAGCCCCAAGAAAGACAUAUUUGAUAUGAAACCCUUUGAGGAUGCUCUGAAGAUGCACGAGGCCGGUGGUAACGGUGGGGUGUGUGUGUUGGAGGACCAGUGGCCUAGUCCGCCCCGGCGUCGUGCCCCUGUCGCCCCCACAGAGGAGCAGCUUCGGCGGGAGGCCUGGUACCAUGGCCGUAUGAGCCGCCGUGACGCUGAGAAACUGCUGGUCCGAGACGGGGACUUCCUUGUACGAGACAGUGCCACCAACCCAGGCCAGUACGUCCUGACGGGCAUGCACUGCGGUCUGCCCAAACACCUGCUACUGGUCGACCCAGAGGGAAUGCCCACUCCUCCUCGUCACUGCCAGGUACGAACCAAAGACAUGCUGUUUGAGAGUAUCAGUCACCUGAUCAGCUACCACCUGAAGAACGAGCUGCCCAUCGUGGCAGCCGAGAGCGAGCUGCACCUCAAACAGGUGGUCCGGAGGAAAGAGGGGACAGCGUUCUGGAAUGGAGUCAGAGGUGUGUCCAUAUAACCCCAGGGAGGAAGAUCUUCACUUUGUCAUAUCCCCAGUAUCAGAGCUUUCGCAGGGGUAGGAGGACACAGGCAACUCCCUCUGUCCAGGACCCAAGGGCAUGGCUGCAGUACCUGGCUGCCUCCGACAGUGCCGACAAACGUUUCACCAUCUCCACCUGAACUCUCAGUAUACAGUCAUUAAGCUAACCGAUGCCUCGGAACAGCUCAGCCAAUCACAAGGAUGGAAUGUGAGGUCACAGUCACAUACAGUAGUUGUUCCAUAGGAAAGCAUCAUUUUAGAGUGCAUGAUGUUGCACCUCAUACUGAGUCUCAUACUGCUGAUGUCAUACGCAGUCCCAGAAUGAUUUGGGUUCCCUGUGUCUUUAAACGGACAAAUGUGAACAUUGUAUAUGAUAAGUGAGAAACUCCUGGCAGCAAAAUAUCACUAAAUUGUUUUAUCAGAAAGCAGUUCUUUGCUCCUCAGACAUUGGGAUGCUUUAAUGGACUUUUAUAAACUGUUCAUCUGCAGCAGUAGCACCUGCACCUUCAUAUGUAAUCUCAGGACCUAAUUCUGAAGGCGUUAAAUAUCUGAUUGCAUGAAUUGAAAUAUGCUUCAGAGAUACAGUACUAACCAGACACCAACCUUGAAAAUGUGUCUGUCUCUCUGUCCCAUCAAUAUCCACAGGAAGUCUGCAUAACACAACAUUGGGAAUAUACAGUUGGCCAAAAUACAUGGGUAGAACUCCGAAUAUCAUUGUGUUCAAUAAUAACCAUAUGCUUGUCAAAGUGUUUGUAUGGGACAGUCAUAGCUCGUCAGUGAAUACCUACCUAAGUUGUGUGUUACCAUGCCUACUGUGUGAAGAUAUCACACUGGUUAGAGCCUGUGCUCUCAGAAGGCAGACUACAUUACUACAAAUGACUCAGUGUAAAGAUAAUUAAGACCCAUAAAAUAGUUCAGUGCCUUAAUACUUGGUGUUUCAUAUCUUUCCUCCCAAAUCACUUGUGCAGUAUCAAACAUUCUAUAUAUACAGUGGGGAAAAAAAUAUUUAGUCAGCCACCAAUUGUGCAAGUUCUCCCACUUAAAAAGAUGAGGCCUGUAAUUUUCAUCAUAGGUACACUUCAACU